GAAUGGCCGACGCCAAGGUUGUCUUUUCUGUCAAACGAAAUUAUUCCAAACGCGAGUGAAAUCAUGUAAAUGUUCACCUGUCCUUUGAAAAAAUCGUACAAACGUAGGUUGAUCGAUGCGUGAAUCGAGGAAUCGGGGUGUGUCCGCGGUUUUAAUGAACAUUAACGCAAGAAGAGGCACCGGUGUCCCUUCAGGUUUUGGAUCCAGCGAGAGGGUAAUCCCUGUUCUUUGCUGGGGGUGCGAAUAGAGGCGUGCAACUAUAAAAGCGUGCGACAGCGAAACACGAGGCGCAAUAAGUCCGCUAGAGAAUGCGAUUCAGAUGAUCCAAAUUACUUGACAGUCAAAUCGACAUUAUGAAUUCGAACAUAGUUAUGGAGGAUAGCAUGAGUGUUAAAUCAAUGGAAUCAGUGGCGACAAGUGAUGAAUAUGAAUUUGUAAAUGACAGAGGCAACGGAAAACAGCAAAAAACAUUAAUUGAACUACCAAUGUUAAAAAUUGCCAAUAACGGCAAUUUUGAAGAUCUUCAAAAUAAUCUUCGCGAGGUAUUAACAGAAGACUCAAAGAUGGAAGGUAAUGACUAUAAAAUUAUAAACAGUGUGCAACAAAAUCAACAAAAAUCUAAAAAAGUUGGACAGAGUACAUUUUAUGAAGUAAGUUCUUGUAUGGUUACAUCUGAAAAGCAAGAUAUUAUGAAGCCAGAAGAUUAUAUUGAUGAAGAAGUAAAUUCCUUGGCCCAUGUUCAACAAGAGUGUACUAUUUUUAAUGGAGUUACGUAUUUGGGAUCAGCAACAAUAAAUGCACCAAAAUCAGAAUGUGAAAUACAACGCAAUAUGAACAUACUAAAUGCAGAACAAACUCUUAAUUUAGGAAUUAAAGUAUCUGUUUCUGUUCCUAGUAGUUCACAAGGCUCUGUUGUCUUGUAUGAUGCUGUUACUCAGCAUCCAAUUGCCCAUUAUGAAGUACAACGAAUUUUGUUUUAUGCACGUGGUGAAAGUACUGGUCCAUGUGCAGCAUGUUUUGCUUUUACAUGGUCACAUGGGGAUACAUUGGAAUCUGCCAUUUAUCAGUGUCAUGUUUUCCGAUGCGAUAUACCAGAAGCAGUGGGACAAGUUUCUACUUGCUUUUCCAAAGCUUUUCAUAGAAUACCGCGAUCAAUGACUAGCUCUUUAACAGGGAGUGAUUUCAAUGGCUUUAACAUUGGCAGUGAAAAAACAAAUUCUCGAGUAUUUAUUUUUGAAGUAACAAUGGAGAUAAAGGAAGAAGAUGGAAAGGGUGCUUUCAGUACAGUUCCUAAGGAUAGAAAUUGCUUCAAACUUCGAAGCUGUGUUACUAAACAAGUGUGCUUAAAUAUCCAGCAAGUGUCCAGUAAAGAAGGAGGAAUUACCCUUGAGGUUGAAAGAUGCUUCGGAGUCCUUGUCAGUCCUGGUCGUAAUGUUAAGCAGAGCGAUAUGCGCCUGCUCGAAAUGCAAGUCAAUGCUGGUCCAUUAAUACAGGAUAAACAAUGUUACAACAUAUGUGGACAUUGGGAUCCUGCAGAUCCAGCCUUAGAAACACUUAAUGUUGAAACACCUAGAGAAGGAAAAAUUUACAUGACAGUUGCUGUUGAUUUAGUAAUACGUGGUAUUCGGGAACCCGUUAGAUUCGUAAUAGAAACGUUAGUUAAAGUAUUUCCACAAAAUGUAAGGUUCUGGUAUUUUAAUAAACGCAACCUUGUACAACAAUUUUACCUUAAUUCAAAAGAAAUAAUACCUGUGGAUGGAUCAGAAGUACACUAUGAAGUACAAAGUAUAGAAACUUCGGGAGAACUAGACAGGAACAGAUUAAACCUUGCUCUUAAUUUAGCAUCGUUGAUUCGAUCUCCUUCUUUAACUAGCAUUGACACACUUACACCCAAAGAAGAAAUAGAUUCGGAUGGAGAUGAACCAAUGUUAAGUGGUACAGGUGAAGUAUCAAAAGAUUGUUCUGCAGAUGAGCUAGCUAGUUGGGCUGAAGUGUUAGACAGCUGGCAAGUUAAUGAACAACGUCCAAAACUUCUUAUAAAACUCACAAAACAUUUUUUUUUAGCUUUACGCGGGGAAGUGUGGCAACGUUUGAGUAAUUGUGAUAAUUCACAAGAAAUGAUGGAUAGAUAUAGAACUUUAAUUACUAAGGAGAGCAGUUGUGAGAGUGUUAUUUUAAGAGAUAUUAACAGAACAUUUCCUGCCCAUGACUUUUUCAAAGAAACAGGUGGUUUGGGACAAGAUUCUUUGUACAGAAUAAGCAAAGCAUAUGCAGUGUAUGACGAAGAAGUUGGAUAUUGUCAGGGACUUAGCUUUUUAGUUGCUAGUUUAUUGCUUCACAUGCCGGAGGAACAAGCUUUCUGUGUACUGGUUAAAUUAAUGUAUGAUUAUGGUCUAAGAGAUUUGUACAAGGAUAGUUUUGAUAAUCUCCACAUGCGAUUUUACCAGCUUAGUAGAUUAAUAGAGGAUCAGCUGCCAGAACUUUACAAGCACUUUUGCGAUCGUGGUGUAGAAACCCACAUGUUCGCUGCACAAUGGUUUUUAACUUUGUUUACAGCCAGGUUUCCACUUUAUCUUGUUUUCCAUAUUCUCGACGUAUUCCUUUUGCAAGGACUUGAUACAUUAUUCCAAGUCGCCCUCGCGUUGUUAAUGUUGUGCAAGAAGGAACUACUUCAACUAGAUUUCGAAAGUAUAUUAAAAUACUUUCGGGUGCACUUGCCUAAACGUUGCCGAAAUGAAGAAGUAUCGCGCUAUGUCAUGAAGUUAGCCUGUUCGGUUACUUUGAAGAAACUGAAGAAAUAUGAAGCAGAAUUUAUGACGCUGAAAGAAGCGCAAGAAAAUGCCGAUGAAUAUAGUAACGAGGUAGAACAGCUACGGGGUACGGUAGCAAGGGUCGAGGAAGAGAAACAAAGAUUGGAAGCUGAAUUGGUUCAAGUGAAAGAAAUGUUGCAACGAGAAGUUGGAAGGGCAGAUGCAGAAAGCCGACGAAGUACCGUCAUUAUUGCUGAAUACAAACAGAUUUGUCAACGUUUAGAAGAUGAUUAUAAUGCAGCAAAGACAACACUCAGUGAACUGCGGAACAAGGUUUCCAAAUGCGAGAACUGUAGGAGUUGCAUAAUAGAUUCGUCCAAUAUAUUGGCAGACAUUGCACAUCCUUUAGAAAACCGGAUAGAUCCUAUGUUGCAUAGAGUACAGGAGAGGGUGCGAGAAUUGGAAUUGGAAUUGGCCCAAACUAAGCUGGCCCAUGUAGAAGCUGAAUGUAGGAAUCAAGAUCUGACGCAUCAAUUGCACGCAACUGCUUCUGAACUUCAAGCGGCAAGAAAUAGCUGGCCAUGGCUUAGCAAGACGCUGUCGAGCAUAAAAGAAGCAGCGAAUAAAAGAGAUGUAAUGGCUCCUUCAUUGAUGAAAGAUUUAAGACGGGACAGCGCACCUGGAGGUGAAAUGCAUCACUUGAUACAUUCCCGUAAUCGCGAGACUCGUGAUAAUCUGAAAGAGGUUGUGUGAUGCAGUAAGUAUUCGAAUCGAAGUGCGUAUGACUAUGUACGUUUAAACGGGGAAGGCUAUUUUCAAGUAGAAGAACAAUCUUAAUUAUAUUAUAAAUAUAUAUAUAUAUAUACACACACAUAUAUGUAUAUAUAUACAUACAUUCUACACGCAUAUUAAAAUGAAGUUACUUUAAC